AUGUUAGAGAAAAGAAUUGAAGUUCUGGAAGAUAAGGCCGAAAGAGAGGAAAAAAGAAGGAGGAGAAACAAUAUUGUAGUCAAGAAUGUUGCAAUUGAGGUUGGAAAAGAGAAGGAGGAAAUUCAAACGUACAUAGAAAAUGAACUGAAGACAAAAGUUGAAAUUAAAAGAGCAUACAGAAUAAAUCAAGGUACAAAUAUUGAAAUGUUUGUCGCUGAAGUAGGUAGUUGGGAGCAAAAACAACAGGUUAUGAAGAAGAAACAUAAUUUGAAAGGAAAGAAAACAAUUAUAGAAAACGACCUUACCCCAAAGGAGAGACAAAUCCAGAAGCAGAUUCUAGAAAUAGGAAAAGUGGAGAGAGACAAAGAAAGAAAUGUGAAAAUAGGAUAUCAGAAAAUAACGAUAGAUGGAAUACUAUAUGUCUGGGAUGAGAAGGAACAAGGAGUAAAGGAACAAAAUGUAACUCGGAAGAGAGGAAAUUUAGCAAAAAACUAA